AUGAGGCACCAAGCGCUACCGAGACAGCAGGCGGCACCGCGCGCCGUGACGCCACGGCGUGGCGUAGGAACCACCCGGCCUCCGGACGUCACCACGCCGCUCCCACGGCGCCUUUACGUCAGGAAGAAAACCCGGAUGUUCCACGGCGGCGUUCUGUUACAGAGGGCGCGGACUGAGCCCCCACCGGCGCCGGCCGUACGGCCCGAGGAUGCGGUGCCGCACGAGCGCUGCCCCUCGCUGGAGCGCUUCCGAGACCGCUAUCUGAUUCCGCAGAAGCCCGUCGUCUUAGAGGGGAUUAUUGACCACUGGCCGUGCAUGAAGAAGUGGAGCGUGGACUAUGUUUGUCAGGUCGCUGGGUGCCGCACAGUCCCCGUAGAAUUGGGUUCCCGGUACACAGAUGAGGAAUGGUCUCAGAAGCUCAUGACCGUCAAUGAUUUCAUCAGCCAGUAUAUUGUGAAUGAGAACAACAUAGGAUACCUUGCCCAGCACCAGCUUUUUGAUCAGAUCCCAGAAUUGAAAGAGGAUAUCAGUAUUCCUGACUACUGCUGCCUGGGGGAAGGGCAGGAAGAUGACAUCACCAUUAACGCAUGGUUUGGGCCAGCAGGCACUAUCUCACCUCUUCAUCAAGAUCCCCAGCAAAAUUUUUUAGCCCAGGUAUUUGGAAGAAAAUAUAUCCGUCUUUAUUCACCACAAGAUUCAGAAAAUCUGUACCCACAUGAGAGCCAACUUCUUCACAACACCAGUCAGGUUGAUGUAGAAGAUCCUGACUUAACAAAAUUCCCCAACUUUAGAAAGGCUGCAUUUCAGUCCUGUAUUCUGAUGCCUGGACAGGUCCUGUUUAUCCCAGUUAAAUACUGGCACUACGUACGAUCUCUUGAUAUUAGCUUCUCUGUCAGUUUCUGGUGGUCAUAACGCUGAAGUAUGAAGAACAUUUAUUAGUAUUGUAAUAGCAAUUAAAGAUUCAGAAAAGUA